AUGAUCGGCCGCUUGUGGAGUUGCUUGACGCUCUGCCUGCUGGCAGCGCUUAUUGGAAGCGGACAGGAAGCCCGCUUGAAUGCAGACUUUUGCAGCAACUUCGAGGACCGGCCCGGGCGCUGCAUCCACUACCAGAGAUGUCCGCCCAUCAAAGCGAUCGUACAGAGAAAACGCGCCGGCUACGAGCUCACCCAGAGGGAGCCUACCUUUGUGUGCUGCGAGGAAGAAAUCAAUGACACUGGACUGGCGAUGCUGCGGAACGAGACGGAGUGCGGCAAAUUCUCGUUGGCCAAAGUCGCGCAUGGCCAAGAGGUCAAAAUGGGCUCGAGACCCUGGAUGGCCCUUCUGAGGUACGAGGGUAUGGCGGAGGGCAGGAGCCAGUUCCAGUGCGGAGCCACACUCAUUUCCAAGCGCUUCAUCCUAACUGCAGCGCAUUGCAUGAGCAGGGAAAAGCCAGUCUCGAUUCGAUUGGGAGAGCACGACUUAUCCACGGAAGUGGACUGCACCAUGGUGGGCGUGGGCUCUCAGACACGGUGCCAGCCGCCCCCCGAGGACAUUGGCAUCGAUAGGAUCAUCGUGCAUGAGGGAUUCCCGAAUAACCUCACCCAGAACGACAUAGCACUCAUAAAGCUGAACAGGGACGUGGAGUACGCUGCUCACAUCAAUCCGAUCUGCCUUCCCCUGAAUCAGCAACUGCAGAGGGACGUCCGCGAUCAGCUGGUCUACCGGGUGACUGGCUGGGGACGGACUGAGAGCAAUGCCUACUCCAAUGUGCCCAGGGAGGCUUCUGUCAACCGUCUUCUCCUGCAGGACUGUGUCGCGGCGUACCCUAGGAACGCGUUCGCCGAGAAUCAGAUCUGUACGUCUUCCGCCUCGCAAGACAGCUGCAGCGGCGACUCUGGCGGCCCUCUUCUUUAUGCAUUUAGGUACUUCGGACAGCAGCGCUUCGUGCAGACGGGGAUCAUCAGCUAUGGACCGAGUCAGUGCGGUGUGGGCUCUUCCCCGGGGGUGUACACGGACGUGGGGGCGUUCCUGCCUUGGAUCACGAAGCAGAUGGCGCAGGCAUGAGGAGGACAAUCGAGAAUAGGAUGAAUCCUGCUGCUCGUUCACCACCUUUGGGCAUUGAAUCCUUUCGGCCCGCUGGCCUGAACGGGCACUCGAGCGCAAUUAAUUAAGUACGCACAGUAAGAGCUCAAAGAUUUUAAUUAAAAAUUUUGC